GUCACACAACACACACCGUGGACACACACACACACACACACACAGAGCAAACUAAGCCAUGGCCGCCAUCGUCCUCUUCGUCUUCGUCCUCCUGGCGACCGCCGCCCACGCCACGCAAUCCUCGGCACCGCCGCCAUCGACGACGCACAUCAAGCUCUACGCCCACGAGGUGGUGAGCGGCCGGCACCCGACAGCGGUAACAGUAGCACGCGCGCCGACGACGAAGGCGUCCAAGACCUUCUUCGGCGAAGUGUUCGUCAUGGACGACAUUCUCACCACGGCCGCGGACGACACCGGGAAGCCCGUGGGCCGGGCGCAGGGCACGUACUGCAGCGCCAGCAGGGACUCCUUCACGCUGCUCAUGGACGUGACCUUCGUCUUCACGGCCGGGGAGUUCAACGGGAGCAGCCUCGGCAUCGUGGGCCGCAACGACGUGCGGGCCGACGUCCGGGAGCUGCCCGUCGUCGGCGGCACGGGGGUGUUCAGGUGGGCUCGUGGCUACGCGCAGCUCAGCACCAGCAAGUUUGAUCUCAAGUCCGGGGACUCCACCAUCGAGUACAACAUCUUCGUCAGACACUAGAUUGCUUAAUUAGCUGCAUGCAUUGCAGAUAUUGCAUUGCAUGCUGGCUGGUGAUUUGCUUUGAUUGAAUAGGAGUGAGUUUUACUCGCUCUCUGUGCCAUCUUGAUCAUGUCGUUGUUUGCAGUUUUUCUUCAUCGCGCCACCAGGCGUGUGUCGAGAGGAGAGAAGAUCUGUUGUGUAACUUUGUGUGUGUGUGUGUGUGUGGUGUGUGGCGAGUAUUUGUUGUAACACUAUGUGUAAUCACGGUUAAUUGAUGUUUGUUUGGUUCUGGAUUUUGGACCAAAUUUUAAAAAAUAA